AUGGCUCACUUUAAGGAUGUAGCGGUGAAAAAGACCACGUCUCUGAACCUGGUGACAGGAUUCUUUCAGUAUCUGCGUGAUGAACAGGAACUGGUCCAGAAAAGAACUUUCACAAAGUGGAUCAAUUCACACCUGGCUAAGCACAAGCCUCCUUUUGAGGUCAACGACCUUUUUGAGGACAUCAAAGAUGGGGUGAAAUUGCUGGCCUUGCUGGAGGUGCUGUCUGGACAGAGAUUACCAUGCGAGCAGGGCCGCCAGCUAAAACGAAUCCACUGGGUGUCUAACAUCGGCACUGCGCUCAAGUUCCUGGAGGGAAGGAGGAUCAAGUUAGUCAACAUAAAUGCCACAGACAUUGCUGAUGGAAGGCCAUCCAUUGUCUUGGGCCUGAUAUGGACCAUCAUCCUCUAUUUUCAGAUUGAGGAGUUGACCAGUAACCUGCCAGCUCUCCAAGCCUUGUCCAGCAGUACAUCGUCAGUGGAGAGCAUGGCCAGUUCAGAAACUGGCAGCCCGCCCAUGAAAAGGAAGGUUGUCACCAAAUUCCAGGGCAGUGCCAAAAAGGCGCUACUCAGAUGGGUCCAGUGCACAGCAGCCAAGCGCCUCGGUAUUGAAGUGAAGGACUUUGGUCCCAGUUGGCGCAAUGGCGUGGCGUUCCAUUCGGUCAUACACGCCAUCCGGCCUGACCUGGUGGACAUAGAGCGUGUGAGAAGGAGAAGUAACAGGGAGAACCUAGAGGAGGCGUUCUCUCUGGCAGAGAAUGAACUGGGCAUCCCUCGUUUACUGGAUCCUGAAGAUGUGGACGUGGAUAAGCCAGAUGAAAAGUCCAUCAUGACAUACGUGGCUCAGUUCCUCAAGCACUAUCCAGACCCCCAGCAUUCUGAGACAGAUGGACAGCAAGAGGAGUAUGAUCCACAAGAUAUUGAACUAAUGCUUGAGAGGGAAGAGCGCAAGGUACUAAGGGAGCUGAAAGUUUGGCUGGACCAACUAGAGAGAGAUAUUCUCCGUGCCCAGGGAGCAGAGGGCAGCCUGACGGACAAGUACCAGUCUUUUAAGAGCUUUCGUGUGCAAUACGAGAUGAGGAAGAAGCAGACGGACUCUCUGCUUCAGCCGGUGAAUAAGGACGGCAAGUUGUCUGUGGACCAGGCGCCGGUGAAGCAGGCUUGGGAACGCGUGUCGGUCAGGCUCCUGGACUGGCAUAUCCAUCUGGAUAAGUCUCUGCCUGGACCGUUGGGAGUGAUUGGCGCUUGGCUGCAUCGGGCGGAGCUGGCGCUAAGAGAAGAUAUUCCCAUCCAACAGGCCCACGAAGAGACGGCCAAUGUCAUCCACAGAAAACUUGAACAGCACAGGGAGGUACUAAAGAAUUUGGAAGGACACAAACAGACAUUUCAACAGAUCCACAGGGAUAGGUCAGUCAACGGGGUUCCUGUUCCCCCUGAGCAGCUCCAAGACAUGGCAGAAAGAUUUAAUUAUGUUUCUACAUCAUCUCUCGUUCAUCUGGCUAAACUGGAAUUCUGGGAAAUGAAGUACCGUCUCAUGGCAUUUCUUAUCCUGGCUGAGUCGAAGCUCAAAUCCUGGAUAAUCAAAUAUGGUCGACGGGAUUCAGUGGAACUGUUGCUCCAGAAUUACAUAGCAUUCAUUGAGGGGCACAAGUUCUUUGAGCAGUAUGAGACAACGUUUCAGACCUUGAAACAAGCUGCUGAUGUUUAUGUGAAAUCUGACGGUUCAGGCAAUAGAAUAUACAGGAGAGCAGAGGAAGGAGAAGGGGUGAGUAAGUUCUUGAACGAUGCAACAGCCCAGUGGAAGAACCUGUCUGUGGAGGUACGAAGCGUGAGGAGCAUGCUAGAAGAGGUCAUCUCUAACUGGGAGAAGUACAGCAGUACUGUGGCCAGCCUGCAGGCUUGGCUGGAGGAUGCAGAGCAGAUGCUCAACCAAUCAGAGAGUGCCAAGCGGGAGUUCUUCAGGAACCUUCCACACUGGAUUCAGCAGCACAUGGACAUGAAUGAUGCAGGCAAUUUUCUCAUUGAGACCUGUGAUGAAACUGUCUCCAGAGACCUGAAGCAGCAAGUGCUCCUACUCAAUGGCAGAUGGAGAGAGCUAUUUGUCAAAGUCAAACAUUAUGCAAGAGCUGAUGAAGUGGACAAGCUAAGGAAAGACUAUGACGAUAGCAUCUCAGCCUUAAAGACAUUUGUGAACACAGCCAGUGAGAAAAUUAGCACUCCUGUUCAAGUGUCUUUCCUGAACAUAAGGACAUUCAUUCAAGAUAUUGAGGACAUCAAACACAAAGUGCCAUCAAUAGAAGCAGUGUACAAGACAGCUACCCGCAAUGCCCAGCAGCUGACCAAAGACACACCACAGGAGGAGAUCACACAGAUGCUUGCUACCAUGGCAACCAUCAAAGAGGAACUGAGCAAGAUAAAGGAAAGAGCCUUGUCUUUGCUGAGGGAUGCCCAGGCUUUGUUGCCUCCUCUGGAAGAGAUGGAGAAACACAUCACUGGAUUCUACCAGUCUCUGGAAAAGGCCAGUCGUAUUACCAGUGCACGGGAAUCAGAGGCUUCAGGAGACUUCAAACAGAAGUGUCAGGAGUUGGUGACCUACCAACAGAGCUGUAAGAAGUGCCUGUCUGUGAUUGACAAGAACCAUCAGAUUAUUUUGAAAGCGCUGGACACUAACAGGAGCCUGAGACAUCUGGACACUGCACUGUUGCAGAAAAGAGUGGCAGAACUUCAGUCCUCUUCACAGGCAAUGAUCAAAGAGACCACAGAAUGGAAGAGACAUGUAGAGGCAAACAGCAGUCUGAUGAAAAGGUUCGAGGAGUCUCGAGUUGAGCUGGAGAAAGUUCUGAAGAUAGCACGAAGCUCUAUGACAGAGAGAGGAAACCCAGAGGACCUGCUCAAAAAGCACACAGAGUUCUUUGGCCAGCUGGACCAGCGUAUUCUCAAUGCCUUCUUAAAGGCCUGUGAUGAACUCACUGACAUUCUGCCUGAACCAGAGCAGCAGAGUCUGCAGGACACAGUCAGGAAACUGCAUAAGCAGUGGAAGGAAAUACAGACAGAGAUCCCUCAUCAUCUGCUCCAUCUGAAGGUGGAGGUGGAGCGGAGCCGUCUCAUGGCAUCCCUGCAGGAGUGCCAGUCUGAACUGGCGCGUGAAAAUCGCAGCCUGCCUGGCAUGGGCAGUGAGAGAUUGGUCAAAGAACACAGGGCCUUUUUCAGAGAAAAAGGUCCACAAUCGCUUUGUGAGAAGAGACUUCAGCACAUGGAAGAGCUCUGUCAGAAGCUUUCGGAGAAUGAGCAAACCCGUCAAAUUCUGGAAGCAUCCAGAACUGCCUUUGCUGAAGUUCAAGAGGAAAUUGAGAGCACUCAUCAGAAAUUAAUGCAGCAUCCUGACAAAUGGAAGGAGUUCAACUCUAGGUUUUCUGAGCUGUCGGCCUGGCUUUCGUCAAAGGAAAGCCAACUCAGACUGUUAAGAAACAGAGCUGGUGACCCGAGCAAAUUUGGCCAAGUCAAAUCUACCAUAGAGAGUCUGAGGAAUGAUGCAGAGCUGCAGGAGGGGAAUCUGAGCUGGCUGAAGACUCGUCUGGCUGUGCUGAUAGAGAUAUGCACGGAGAGUGAUGCUGAAAGGCAAGGUGCAGCCCUUAGCAAGCUCUCGUCUGACUUCAAGGGCCUCCUCUCCUCCCUCACUGAGUCAGAGAAGGUCAUUCUGGCUGUUGGGGACUGUGUGCAAUUCAGAGAGGAUGUGAAGACAACACUGGAGGAGCUAAUGCAGGGCCAACAAGAGCUUCAAGCUGAGAUGUCAAAAAUCCUCAACUCUGAAUCUGUGAAAGAAGCUCAACAACUCCUCCUCAUUUAUCAGCAACAAUUGAAGCGUUUGCGACUGAAGAGAAGGGACAUGCAGCAGCAGAUCAGCAGAGGCCAGCAGCUCCAGUCUGAGGAGGGUCUGGGAGAGGGCUUACAGGAGGAUCUUCAGAAUCUAGAAAGCACUCUCAGCAAGAUGGACCAGACCAUCGACUCUCAGGAGCAGACCCUCGAUGUGACAUUGGCUGCAUGGCAAGACUUUGACAGUCAGCAGAGUGCAGUGUCAGAGUUUGUGAACAGAGCACGCUUGGUCACAGAUAGAGAAAUGACCUUCAGUAGCCCAGAGAGCUUGGCCACAGAAUUGGAACAGGCCAAGGAGCUGCUUAAACAGAGUGAGCUGGAGGCCACGCAGGUCAACACUCUCUUAAAGCUGGCAACAGAGAUUCAGCUUGGACCUAAGAACCAGACUCUGUUACAGAGUCAAGCCCGCUCUCUCAGUGAACAAGUGGACAAAGUGGAGGCUGACCUCAAGAAAAUCGUGAAGUCUCUAGAAGGGAUGAAAGCCCAGUGGGAGUCAUUUGGGAAAGAGUUUGAAGCUUUUUCAGUCUGGAUCUCAGAGAAAGAAAGGGAACUGGAGUCCUUGAGAUGUUCCAGCGCACCCUUAGAGCAACAGAUGAACACUUUGCAGACCAUGAGGGUCGAGCUACAGGAGCGAGCGGAGGUUUUCUCCCGCCUGGAGGCGGAGUCUCAAGCGCUGAGCCAGUUUGUGUCAUCAGGCGAGUCAGCGCGCAUUAAAGCCCGUCUGACGCAGAUUGGCAGAUACUGGGAGGAACUAAGGGAGAGUGUUGAACAGCUGAACGGACAACUUGAGGAAAGCUCCUCUCACCAGCAGAAAUUUAACACAAACCUUCAACAGUUACAAGCAUCUAUUGAUGAUUUUCAAAACAAAAUGGAGAGUCCCAUCACAUCCUGUACUUCCUCUUCUGAAACCUACAAGGCUCUGCAGGAGCAAAUGGAUGUGGCCCAGUCCCUGGAGAGGUUGAAAGCUAGCCUGCUGUCUCUGUCUGCGGGGGCACGCAGACUAAGUGAACGGGAAAAGGCAGAGAGAUCAGUAGCGGCUCUGCAGCAGACCUAUGAGCACAGUCUGAAGCAGGCUAAAGAUAAACAGGGCCAAAUGGAGAGCCUGUUGUCAAAAUGGCAAAAGUACGAGAAAGACUGGUCCAUUCUGCUCACCUGUUUGGAGAGAUGUGAAUCUGUCUCUACUGCUGAGAGUCAGUACCUACCUACUGACAAAACCAAAUUAGAUAGUGAACUGCAGGACUUAAAGCACCUUCAAUCUGAGCUCCAGUCCUUGGAUUCAGUAUACAAGGGACUGAUGGCCCAAGCUCCAGCUCUGUACCCUACUGCUUCAGAGGAGAGAGUUCAGACACUGAAAGAAGACCUGGAAAAGUUAGAGAAGAGAUGGCACUGUCAGAACAUGGCCAUACCUCAAAGGAUUCAGCUGCUUCUGAAGCACCUUUCUGAGUUGGACCAGUUUGACCAAGCUUUGCAAAAGUUCCUCAAGUGGGGUGAAUCCUUCCUCUCUUCUCUGCACUCAUCCAACCAAGUCAAUAUUGCUGAUCUACAGCCUGCUUUUAUGGACGUAAAGGAAAAGACAGAGGCCCUGCAGAAACAUAGCACCGAGAGAGAAAGUCUCCAAUGUCAAACAGAGGCUCUGUGUGCCUCCUGUGAACCCUCAGAGCUACAGUUGCUCCAAGGCCAGCAAGAGAAUUGCCUGCAACCUUACCUUGAGGCCCAGCAGCUGGUAGAGCUUCGACGAGAGGCUCUUGAGAAGCUAGAUGCCUUCCUUCAGACCCAUGGGGUGGCUGCUGGUGUCAUGCGUGGUCUAAGACAAACCGUGGAAAGCGCUGGAAGCUGGGACAAAGGCCGGGUGGAGGAGCUACAGAGAGACCUUGAGACCAUUGUCCCUGACAUUAGUCGGCUGGAAACGCUGGCAGUCAGCCUGGACAGCAGCCUCUCUAAAGCUCACCUACACCUGAGCGACGAAAAGGAGUCUCGGACAUCGAGCCGUACACUGGCGGAUGCCCUGAGUUUGGAACUGGAUGCUGUGAGGAAUCUGCUGGGCUCUAAACAGAGUGAAGCUGAAGCCCUGGGAGCCUUGUGGAGCUCCUUCAGACAACGUAAGGAGCAAUUGCUCAAGACUGUGGAAGACAUCGAGGAAAAGGCUGACGCACAGGGCCUGAGAGAACCAACCCUUCUUACUCUCCAGCAAAGACUGCGGUUUUUUAACCAGUUGGAGGAUGAGCUUCAGUCCCAUGAGCAUGAGCAGCAGUGGCUGAAGGACAAGGGUCAGCAGCUUGCCCAGAAAGACGCAGAGCUGGGAGGAGAAGUUCUGAGGGAGAUCAGCCUUCUAGAGACCACUUGGGAUGACACCAAAAAACUCAUCUCUGAAAGGCAGGAGCAGUGCAGUGCUCUGGUGGAACUCAUGAAAGAUUACCAGAGCCUGAAGUCUUCCAUUACCUCAGUUUUGGAAAGUGCUGAGUCUGUUACAGACAUUAAGUCUGGCCUGAAGGAUCACGACGAAAGCAGACGAUAUCUCUCUAAAAACGAAACAGUCAAAUCUGAGAUGUCGGCAAACCAGGAUGAUUUGGACCGUCUCUCUCACAAAGGGAAACAGCUAGUGAGUGAGCUGAACAGAAUUCCAGACUGCGAGACCCAAACAGUGAAGAAAGAGAUGGAAGCCCUGGUAGACCAGUGGCUAGACGUGUCAGAAAGGAUUGAAGACAACAUGGAGAACCUGAGAAAAAGUUUAUCAUUGUGGGGGGACAUCCACGGAAUCAGCGAGGAGAUUGAAAGCUGGUCAAACAGCCUGAUGAUGGAACUCGGCGAGAGUAUGAACAACUUUAACAACAGCCAGAGGACUGAGAGACGACUCUCUGAAGUCAAGGGGGAAGUGGAGCAGAGGCAACAACAGUUGGACACUUUCCAGCGGAAGGUUUCAGACCUGAGGCACCUGGGUGGAAGCCAAGAUGUCCCUGCUGAGUUGCAGGUCAUGGAGGCUGAUCUGAGGAAAAAGAUCAGCAACGUGCAGGAGCUUUGUGAACAGGCCGAGAGCAACCUCAGGGAUUUUUGCUCUCAGAAGAAACACUUGGAAGACUUCAUUUCCCAGAUGGCCGAGUGGCUGAAGAAUGUAGAGAAAUCCCUUUUAGAUUUUCCACAUGGAUCAGACCCGGAGGAGAUCUGCAAAGUGAAGGAUGUCCAGAAAGAACUACUAAAUCAGCAAUCAAGUAUAGACUCUGCUCGUGAGAACCUCAACACACUGUGCAGGAAAUAUCCCUCCGAAGAGCUGGCUGGUCUAGGCUCCACCUUAACCGACCUCAUUAAGAAGUACGAGACUGUUAACCAACUCUGCGUCAAGAGACUGGGUUCUAUGCAACAUGGGUUACAACAACACUUCAACGAUCUAGUGCAGGGUUUCCACACGUGGCUCUCUGGACAGAGGGACAUAGUGAGAGAAUGCUCUGACCACUCAGGAGACACCAGCAUCGUAGAGCGUAAACUGCAGAAACUAAAGGGUGCGCUGGAGCGACUGGAAGAUGGGGAGAGUCGUCUCACGGAAGUGUGUGAGGAGGGAGAAAAACUCCUACUCCACCUUCCCAAAGCUAGCGCCGGGCAGGUGCAGCAGAACCUGUCCUCCAUUCAGCAGGAGUGGGACAGCUUUGUGGAACAGUGUAGACAAAACCAACAGAGUCUGGAGGAGAGUGCAAGUCUGCUCAGUGGUUUCGAAAGCCAUAUGGAGAAGCUGAGACGCUGGCUGGAACGAAUGGAGAAGAGGAUGAACUCUGAGCUGCCUGCGGAGAAACACGCGGACUCUGAGAAAGCAAUGCUGGAGCGCGUGGAGGAGUUCCAUCAGGAGGCAUUAAAGGAGAGGGACUCCUUUGAGUGUCUGUGCCAGGAGGCGCAGGCUCUGAGCGAGGCUGGACGCGGCAGCGGGGAGGAGCUCCGAGCGUCCGUGCAGCUUCAGACGCAACACCAGGCUUUGCUGAAGGUCGUGAAAGAGAGGCUGCGCAGCUGUCAGCUCAGUCUGCAGGAACAACAGGCUUUUGAGGAGACCUUGCAGAACACCUGGACUUGGCUCAAUGGGGUCCAAGAGCGUCUGGCCACACUCAACAGCACCACAGGCAACAAAGAGACACUGGAAAAGAGACUGGGACUUGUGCAGGACAUUCUGCUGAUGAAGGGAGAGGGGGAAGUGAAGUUAAACAUGACUGUAGGUAAAGGAGAGCAGGUGCUGAAGAACUGCAGUAAAGAAGGGCAGGAGGCCAUUCACUCUCAGUUAGAGAGUCUCAAAGAUGCCUGGGCCAAAAUGCUUAUGACUGCCAUGAGCUGUCACAGUCGUUUGGAGUGGACUGUGGCCCAGUGGACCAGUUUCCAGGAAAGCAAGGCUCAGCUACAGCAGUGGAUGGAGACAGUGGAGCAGGAGGUUGGUGUGGCAUUGCCUCAGCAGCCUGGUUUGAAGGAGAAGGCCUCUCUGCUUGAGCGUCUAAGGGCCAUGCAGGCCGACGUAGAGGGUCAUUCUGCAACCCUCACGCGACUAAACGAGAAAGCCGCAGGGCUGCAUGACAAAACCGGUGAUCAAGUUUUCUCUGAGGAGCCAAAAACCGAGCUGAAUGCACAGUUCACUGUCCUCAUUUCAGUCAUCAAGAGCAAAGCAAAGCUGAUGGAGGAUACAGUGAGAGAGCAUGAACAGUACCUGGAGGCUGUAAGGGAACUAAAUGAUUGGCUGACAUCUGCUAAAGAGGAGCUCCAGCGCUGGUCAGACAUGUCAGGAGAUGCAGCUUCUGUGCGGAGGAAACUCUCCAAAGUCAGGGAGUUGCUAGACUCCAGGCAAAGCGGCAAGGAUCGCCUGGCCCGGGUGCAGCGUUGCGGAGCUGCCACACGGGACCACACAUCCACGGUAGGAUGUGAGGCUUUGGAGAGAGAGGAAGCGGCCCUUGUUGCAUCCUGGGAACAGUGGGAACGUAGCGCCAAACAGGUGUGCUCUGGCCUGGAGGGAGCCUUAUCUCAAAUGGCCAGUUCGGAACAGGAGUUCAACAGCCUGGCUGCGCAACUGGAGCAGGACCUCCAGGAGUUUAGUGGACAAUUACAAGGUUGGCGCUGCAAACUCCAGCAAGUGGAAGCCAUGAACACAAGUGAAGAGGCAGUGCAGGGCUGGCAGAUUGCAAAGGAGACCUCUGAAGCAUUACUGAAUGUUGAAUCCAUGGCAGACAAUCUAAAGUCACAGCUCAACGACCUCUGCCGUUUCUCCAGAGAUCUUGGCACACAGUCUGAGAGAGUGUCAACCCUCUUUAAAGAGUAUAACAGUCUCAGUCUUCAAGCCUCCCGGGAAUGCCAGAGCAAAGAGAAGCUCCUGGAGCAGAGAUUCCGCACAGCCUUCCGAGAUUUCCAGCAGUGGUUGGUUAAUGCCAAAAUCAACACAGCUAAGUGUUUUGAUGUGCCUCAGAACCUUACAGAGGCAUCCUCCAGCUUACUUAAGAUCCAGGAGUUCCUGAGUGAUAGGGAACAGGGCCACGGGAAACUGAAUGCUGUGGUGUCAAGUGGAGACCUGGUGAUCAGCGUUGUUUCAAAAGACAGGGUGGAGUCAAUCCGAGCCAAAGUGAACAGCGCAAGAGAGGACUGGAGAUCCCUCAUGUCAAACAUUCACCAGCGGGAAACAGCCUUGCAGAACUUGCAGUCUCAGAUGCGGGACUUUGAGGCUAGUGUGGAGCCGCUGCAGGACUGGCUGACGGAGACGGAGGUCACAGUGCAGGAGAGCAGCAGCCGCCUGCAUGAUCUCCCAGCAAAAAAACAGGAACUACACAAGCUACAGUCCGUGCUUGAGGAGUUAGUGUCUCAGGAGGUUCAGCUGAGCAGGUUGAGAGAGAAGGCCCAGCUGCUGUGGGACGGACACACGGCCGGAAAGGGCUUUGUGCACCGCGUCUCGCAGCUUUCCGCUCAGCACCUAGCUUUAAGCAACCUCACCAAGGAAAAAGCCUCUAGAAUAGAGCGGAUAGUAUCCGAGCAUCAGCUCUUCUCUCAGGGCCUUAAAGAGCUGCAGAACUGGGUGGCUGACACCAGUCACAUGUUACAAACCUACUGCACACCCACAGCUGACAAGAAUGUUCUGGACAGCAGGAUGAUCAAACUGGAGGCCCUGCUGACGGCUCGGCAGGAGAAAGAGAUUCAGCUGAAGAUGCUGGUGACAAGAGGGGAGUCUGUACAGAGGAACACCUCUGCUGAAGGGGUCCCACUGGUUCGCAAACAGAUCCAGGACCUAAAGGACUCCUGGGAUGCCCUGCUGUCAGCCUCCAUUCAGUGUAAAAGCCAGCUGGAGGGUGCUCUCUCACAGUGGACUAGUUACCAGGAGGAUGUGCGUCAGUUUGUAAGCUGGGUGGAGCGUGUGGAGGAGAGUUUGGACUCCUCAGACAAGUGUUCAGAAAUGAGAGACAAAACUGCCAACCUAGGCAAAGCAAAGCUGCUGUAUGAAGAAGUGUUGAGUCAUAGCAGCCUCUUGGACACCAUCGCUAUGAAGGGCUCCAGCAUGGCAGAGCAUUAUGUCACCCAACUGGAGCUCCAAGACUUGCAAGAACGAUACAAUAAUGUCAAAGCGAAAGCCAAGCAUGCAGUGGGAAAAGCUGAGGAGUUGGUAACAGCCCAUCAGGAAUACCAGCGCAGCCUACAUGAGUUUAAAGAGUGGCUAGAACAGCAGCAGGAGAGACUGAGCUGUUACACUCAGUUGGAAGGAGAUGUAGACAUGCUUGAGGACACGCUUCAAAAGCUUCAGGACUUGCAGGUGCAUUGCACAGAAGGUCAAGCCUUGCUCAACACGUUAUUGCUAAGCCGUGAGCAGAUUCUCCCUUGGGGGGCACCCCAGAUUGAGGACCGGGCCUUGGAGACCAUCCAACAAGAGUGGAGCUCCUACCAGGCCCGGCUAGGGGAGACCCGAUCACAGCUCAACAGCGCUCUCGCCAAACUUAGGCAGAUUGAGCAGAAGUUUCAGAGGCUGGACACGUGGUUGAAAGGAAUGGAGGGGAAAGGCCAGUUGCGCAGUUGUCGACAAUCUGAUCAAGCCACCAAAGAAGCCCAGCUUCAGUUAGUGAAGAGCUGGCAUGAAGAGGUGCUGGUCUACCAGGAGGAGAUAGAGGGCUUAAGUUCCCUGGCCCAGCAGGUUCUGGAGGAGACCCACAUCAGCAGUCAAGUCAGCACCAAAGCUUCCCAGCUCACCUCCCGUUACCAUGCCUUGCUUCUGCACCUGCUCGAGACUAUGAAGCAGCUAAAAGAGGAAGUGUCUUGCAUUGAGGAGGCUCAGAGUGUCUUCAGCACCUUCUCUGACUGGUUGAGUACAGCACAGAAGAACUUCAGUAGAGUGGCCAUCAGUGUUGAUGUGGUUGACCGUGUUGCUAUGGAGAGAAAGAUGAAGAAACUGGAGGCUUUGCAGGGGGACAUGGAACAGGGCCACAACUUUCUGAAAGCUAUGAGGGAGAAAACAGAGCGAGCCAUGGCAUUUCUGGAGGAGUCAGAGGCUGACCAACUGAAAGAGGAGGUGGACGCCCGACUCUCUCAGCUGGAGGGACUGAUGGCGUCUUUACGUUCAGAACUCAGUUCUUUGGAGAAAUGCAUACAGCUUUCCAAAGACUUCCUGGACAAAUAUAAGUCUCAGUCACAGUGGCUCAUGGAAACCAAAGCCUUAUUGGCUUCCCCCGUGGAACAUAAAGCUGAACUCUACCAGAAGAAAGCUCAGCUGGCAAAGUACAAAACAAUUCAGCAGACUGUACAGUCUCAUGAAUCGGCGGUGAGAUCUGUUAUUGAAAAGGGCGAUGCACUGCUUGAGACUAUUCGUGACCCUGCCAUCAGUGAGAACAUGUCAAAGUUGCAGACAGACUACCAAGACCUAUGCAACGCUGCUAAGACUCAGGUCCAGAGCUUGACUCAGCGGGUGAAGGAGCAUGAGGACUAUAACAGUGAGCUGCAGGAGGUGGAGAAAUGGCUGCUACAGAUGUCUAGCAGGCUUGUCACCUCUGACUCCAUGCAGAGUGGCAAUCUGGAAGUGGCUACGCAACAAUUGGCCAGACAUAAGGCUAUAAUGGAAGAGAUAGCCAGCUUUGAGGAACGAUUGACAGUUUUAAAGGAGAAAGGAGAUGGUCUUGUGAGCAGCUGCUCUGAACAAGUUCAGGCUAAGAUCAGCCAGCAGAUCCAAGCUCACCAGCAGGGCACCAGAGACAGCUAUUCGGCUAUCUGUAGUACAGCUCAGCGUGUUUACCAGAGUCUUGAUCGGGAGCUGCAGAAGCAUGUUAGCCACCAGGACACUCUGCAGCAAUGUCAAACCUGGCUCUCUACUGUCCAAGAGGAAAUUCAGCUCCAUGCACAGACUCCCUUUGGUCUACAGGAGGCAUUGAAACAGGUAAAGCACUUCAGGGCCCUGCAGGAACAGGCCAGCACAUACCUGGACCUGGUGUGUUCAGUGUGUGAUCUCUCUGAUGAGGCUGUGAGAGCUUCAGCAGCUAAGAUCCAGGAAGUCAAACACAUGAUAGAGGAGAGGAUGGCCCGAUCUCAAGAGCUGGCAGAGAACUGGAGGGAGAUCAAAGAGCAGAAGCAGGAGCUGUCCACACUCUUCCAAGACAUGGAACAGCAGCUACAAAGCCUGUCCAGACGACCUGCGGAGCUGGAGCCCAAGAUUGCUCAGAACAUGCUGGAUCAGGCAAAGGAGUUUGUACAACAGUUACAGAGCAGGCAGAGUACUCUGACUAAGAUGACAGAGUGUGUGACUAAGCUGACAGAAGGAAAGGAUUCUCCAGAGCAUACAGAGAUUGGACGAUUGAGUCAUUCAUGGCUAGAGCUGUGUCAUCAGGCCAACAAGCUACAGGCCCAGAGAGAGGAGGAUCUUCAGCGGACGAGGGAGUAUCAUGACUGCAUCGCUGCCAUGGAAACCCUUUUUGAACAGGUGUCCAAGGAGUGGGACAACCUGGCAAGAACGGAUGCCGAGAGCACAUCUGAUCACUUGGAGGCACUGCGAAAACUAUCAGUUGCUCUCAAGGAGAAGAAAGGUACCCUUGAGGAUUUGAAAGACCAAAGGCAGAGGGUGAUCUGCCACUUAAAUUUGGAUGACAAGGAACUAGUAAAAGAGCAGAUCAGCCACUUUGAGCAGCGCUGGACCCAACUGGAGAGCCUGAUUGAAAGGAAGAUCCAAGACUCCCUUUUGACAUUAGAGGACAUGGGUCAGGUAGAAGCUCGUCUGAGGGAAGCACGAGAAUGGGCUGAAGAGCAACAGCCUGCUCUUUCCAAAGCCAUGAAAAUGAGUCCUCCACCAGAUCUUGCUCAAAGCUUCCUCUUCGACCACAUAAGCAUCUGCAGCGAGCUGGAGGCUAAGCAGCUGCUCCUGGCCCAAGCAAUGACUGAUGCAGAUAGAGUACUCGCCAAUCUGGGCCUCUGUGAGCGGCAAAAACUGCAACAGCUCAUCAAAGACACUCAAGAAGAGGUGGAGUCACUGAGUGUAAAAGUGGCCCAACGAAGAAAGCAUCUCAGCAAGGCCUUCACAGAGAGGACCCAGUUCCUCCAAGCUGUGAGCCAGGCCAUCAGUUGGGUUCAACAAAAUGAGAAGAAGGCACAGGCUGAUGAAUACAUAGCCCUUUUACCAGAUGACCUGUCCAAACAAGUCAGGACAUGUAGGAACAUUCAGUGCAGUUUGAAGGCCUACCAAAGUGAACUGACUUCCCUGUGGUCCCAAGGGAGGGAUCUCAUGAAAGAUGCCACUGAGGAUGAAAAGAUGGAGUUGCUAACCAAGCUUCAAGAGUUACAGAAUAUUUUCGAGGUGGCCAUGCAGAGGUGCAGCCAAAGGCUACAGGAGCUGGAGAAAGUGCUUGUUACAAGAAAGUAUUUCAAGGCUGACCUUGAGAAAAUAUGUCAGUGGUUGAAACAAGCAGAUAUAGUAACAUUUCCUGAGAUUAACCUCAUGAAUGGAGAUGCUGAACUAAGUGCACAGCUUGCAAAGUACCAACAAAUAUUGGAUCAAGCCAUGGAGUUUGAGAAUCUCUUGCUUAUUGUACAGAAAGCAGGUCAGGACAUUCUACCUACUCUGAAUGAGGUUGACCACUGCUACUUAGAUGAGAAACUCAAUUCUCUCCCCCAGCAGUACAAUAACAUUUUAGCGUUAGCCAAAGAAAAACAGGAGAAGAUCCAGCAGGCCAUUCUAGCACGCAAGGAAUAUGCAUCUUUCAUUGAUGUGACCCACAAAGCAUUGAAAGAACUUGAAGAGCAAUUCCAUAACUUGGGGACUCAGCCUGUAGGCCUGAAAACAGAGGAAGUUAUCAGCUUACAGGGUGAUUAUAAAGGUCUCCUUGAGGAAUUGACCAAUCUUGGGCAGGCUGUUAGUGAACUCAAUCAGAAAAAAGAGGGAUUCCGUAGCACUGGUCAGCCAUGGAGGCCUGAGGAGAUGACUCAACUUGUCAGCCUUUACAAUGGACUCAAGAGACUGAUCGAGCAAAGAGUGGAACAUCUUGAUGACACUUUGGAGUCAUUCGAGGACCACCAAGCCAUGGCUAUGCAGGUUGACUCUGAGUUGAAGGCCACAAAAGAGCAGCUGGUCAAAGUCAAUGCAGAGACCCAGUCAGCAGAGGAAAGACUAAAGAAUUACCAUGGCUUAGCUGCCAGUCUGCAGGGUGCUAGUUCUCACCUGUCUAGACUCAUGGAGCAGAUGGACAGCCUGGCUUCUCACAUGGACCCAGCUGCCCAUGAGGUCUCAAAACAACAGGUCAUCACAUGGCAGGAGGAACUCCAUUCACUACAAUCUGCUGUUGGGGAGCUGAUAGUGGAAUGUGAGAACAGAUUUGUGCAGAGUAAGGAUUUUGAGACAGAGGUUAACAGGACUUUGGCCUGGCUGCAGCAGAUCAGAGAUGAGUUGGGCUGUGCUGUGGUUGUGGAUGUGAAAGUGGAGAAGGUCCAGGAGGAGAUCAGGAAGCAGCAGAUAAUGCAGGAGGAAGUGCAAUCCCGUCUAAGAAUUGUAGCUGCCCUGAGCACUCGAGAGAAGCAGAAAUACAUAAGUGCCAAUGAACUGGUCCCUGCCCAUGUUGACUCAAGUUUGCAAGAGAUGGCAAAGCUUGAAGCUGAUGUUCAACAAGCUUUGAGUUCCAAACAGAUCACACUAGAGCAAGCGCUGGUACUGUGUCAGAAGUACCAUUCCAGGAUGCAGACAGCUUGUGAGUGGUUGGAGGACGCUGUCAGCUUCUUACAGCAGGCCAGUCUUGGAGUAGAUGUUGAGAAUUAUGAGGAGUGCUUGCGGCAACAGGAGGACAUCAUGGCCACAGAACAAGACUUCUUAGGUGUACUGCAAGAACUGGAAGCACUUCCUCCUCAGUUGGAGAACCUUGUCAACCCCACAGCUAAAGAACAGCUUCGGCUGAGUGUUGAGUCUGCCCAGCAGAGAGGUGUGGAAGUCAGAGACAGACUACAGUGCCACCAAGAUGUCUUGAACAGCUGUGUAGCACAGUGGAAAACUUACCAAGAGGCCAGACAGACGGUCAUUGAGCUGAUGAAUGAGGCAGAGAAGAAACUGACAGAGUUCUCCACAGCCAAGGCUGCCACCUUUCAGGAAGCAGAGGAGAAACUUAGAAGUCACAAGACUCUGGUAUCCAUGGUAAACAGCUUCCAGGAGAAACUGACUGGUCUUGAAGAGCAGGCCUCACAGUUGGAACUGAUCGGGAGUGACGCUAGCAAGGCCACCAUAAGCCGCUCCAUGACCACAGUAUGGCAGCGCUGGACCAGAUUACGCAGUGUGGCAAGAGGCCAAGAGCGAGUGCUAGAGGACACCGCCCAUGAGUGGAGGACCUUCAGAGAAAAGAUGAUGAAAGUAAGAGCGGUAGCAGAAGAGCUGAAGGGCCGUGUCCCUGAGUGUGCUGUUGAGAAGGUGUCCAAAGCCACACUGCAGUCUCAUCUUGAUCAGUGUGAGUGCGUCAGUCAAGACCUAGAGAGAGAGCUCUCUUCCCUCACCCUGCUCCGCCAAUAUGCCCUCAGCCUCUUGCAUGAUGUGGAAGUGUCCGUGCCAACUGCUGACCAUGACCAUCUACCCAGCUUGCGGGAGAUUAAAGCUGUUCAAGAUCAGUUUGAGAGCCUACUGCAGCAUGCCAGGACUGGCCGUGCCCGAGCUCAGCAGGAGCUGAAAGACAGAGAGGAGGUGGAGAGAGGACUGAGCUUAGUGAAGAGCUGGAUCUUAGAUUCUAGGGAGCUUCUGCUCAAUCCUACUUCUGACAUGGACACUCUAAUGCAAGAGCUGGAGGUGAUGCACGGAGAGCUUAUCUCCCAUCGUCAGAAUGUUGAUAAGAUUGCUGAGCAGCAACAAAGCAAGUAUCUGGACCUGUACACCAUUCUGCCCUCUGAAAUCUCCAUGCAGCUGGCUGAAGUGUCCCUAGCACUGGGCUCCAUUGAGGAUCAGGUUCAAGCCAAGGAAAGAGACAUCCAGAAAAACAGAACAAUCAAGGAGGAGUUCAAUUCGAGAAUUCAUGAUGUGUCUGAGAAAAUGAAGACCAUUUCUGCGUCACUAAAGGAGAAGGCCACAGAUACUGACCAAGCCAAAGAAGAAACUAAAUAUCUCUGUGAAGAACUGGAGGGUUGUGGCCGCAAUCUUGCAGAACUCGAUGCUGCUGUGCAAGAGUUUGGCCGUCGAAAUCCUCUUGUGGCCAAACAGCUGAGUGAUGCCAUUGCCAAAUUAGGGGAGAUUCACCAUCACACGCUCCGAAUGGCAGAGUACAGGACCAUCUGGCUAAAGAAGGCUGAUGGUCACCUUGAUGAGUACAAUGAGAUGCUUGAGUUUAUAGUGAAGUGGACAGACAGAGCCAGAAGUCUGGUGAAGACCAACAUCAUCUGGAACUCUGCCUCUCAACUGCAAGAACAGAUUAAGAUGCACCAAGCUGUGCUACAUGAGUCACAGGAGCUCCAUGGAGAUCUGGAGGCAAUGAUGGAGAAGGUGGAGAUACUGUCUGAGAUGCUGCAAGUGGAAGCCAUGAGCCAGCAGGUGUCAGAGCUGAGUCGCCACACUGAAGAGCUGGAGCAGAACAUCAGAUCACGUCUGCAGAGUCUGCAAGAUGCAGCCAAGGAUAUGGAGCAGUUUGAAUGUGAGGUGAAGACGCUGCAUGCAUCUCUGGAGCAAGUCCAGGCUACUCUUACCUCUCCUGAACUGGCUCGUCUGAGUCUAAAGGAGCAGCUGGCUCAAAGACAGCGUCUGUUGUCAGACAUGGAGGGCUUCAAGCAGCAGGUGCAGGCAGUGCAGGCAUGUCAGAGUGCUCUGAGGGUGCCUGAGGAGGUGGUGACCAGCCUUUCAAUCUGCCGUAAUGCCCUUAGUUUGCAGCAGGAGGCCAGCCAGCUACAGCACACAGCCAUCCAGCAGUGCAACAUUCUGCAGGAGGCGGUGGUACAGUAUGAACAAUAUGAGCAGGAGGUGAGGGAUCUCCAGAGACUGAUCGAGGAGGCUCAUCGGGCCAUCCAGGACCAACCCGUUCCCACUGGUAACAUCCAGGAGCUUCAGGAUCAGAUCCACCACCACGAGGAACUGGCCCAGAAGAUCAAAGGCUAUCAGGAGCAAAUUGCCUCUCUAAAUUCAAAAUGUAAGAUGCUGACAGUGAAGGCCAAGCAUGCCACCAUGCUGCUGACUGUAAGUGAUGCAGAGGAGCUAACAGAGGGCCAGGAUGAUUUAGAGAGUGAUUUGCUGUCCAAACAAACUGCAGCACAGACCUCAAUGGCCAUGAUGACGGGGGGCCGUUGUCAUACUCUCCUCACCCCUGUCACAGAGGAGUCUGGGGAAGAGGGGACAAACAGCGAAAUUUCCUCUCCUCCUUUCUGUCGCUCUCCCUCUCCUAUCACUAACUCUGAGGCCUCUAUCAGCAAGAUGUCAAUGGGACGACCUACUCUUUCAAGAGCCCCUAUCCAGGAGCUGUUUGAUCCAACACUGGAAUCUGUUGCUAAUCUGGAUGAUCUCCAGCGUUCAUGGGAGACACUGAAAAAUGUGAUCAGUGAAAAGCAAAAGACUCUUUAUGAAGCCCUUGAAAGGCAGCAGCGCUAUCAAGGCUCCCUGCAGUCCAUCUCCGCUAAGAUGGAGUCCAUUGAGACCAAACUGAAUGAGACUGUUGAGCCUGAUCAGAGUCCAGAGAGCCAGAUGAUCACCCAUCAGUCCCAGAUGGAGGAGAUCAUGCGACUUCAGGAGGAAAUAGACAGGUUACAGGCUACCUUUGCAAAGGAGCUGAUGUCUGCGUCGGUGGAUUCAGACACAGCUGACCAGCUGGCCAUGCAGUCAACCCUCACAGUCCUGGCUGAGAGGAUGGCCACCAUUCGUAUGAAGGCCUCUGGGAAACAGCAGCUUCUGGAGGAGCACAUGAGUGAUCGUUUGGAGAGGGAACUCCAAGUCCAGGCUUUACAGCGUUACCUCAGCCAGGCUGACACACUGGACCAGUGGCUGCUAAAUACUCGCACCACCCUCAGCGCCACUUUAUUCUCCAACCGUCAGGGCACUGACAUGGAGCAGCAGCUGGCAGACUGUCAGAACAUGCUUCUGGAGAUUGAAGAGAAGGUGCUGGCCUUGUCUGAGCUGUCCAUGCGCAGUGAGGGUUUGCUGCUGGAGGGCCAGGGAGAGACCAGGGAGGAUGCUGAGCAACUGGCCAGAAAACUGCGUACCCUGAAGGGCAGCCUGCUGGAGCUGCAGAGGAUGCUGCAAGACAAACAGAUCAAUAUUCAGGGCUCGCUGCAGGAACAGGAGGACAGUGAAUCGGACUCCAGUCUGUCUCAGACCCCUAAUAUGCAGGACUGGCUGGCCCAGGCCCGCACCACACGCAGCCAACAGCACCAGGACAGUAUCCAGAGACAGAAGGAGUUGGAAGAGCAGAUGGCAGAGCAAAAAGAGUUGUUGAAAUCUGUGGCCAGUCGUGGGGAAGAGAUCCUUACUCAGCAGGCUUCACCCUGUGCCGCCAGUGUGACUGAGGCUCUUACUCCGGAGCUGGAGCAGGAUGCUGAGAGCCAAGCUUUCCAGGAUCAGAGAAGACAGAGAUGGGAGAGUCUGAGAAAAGAUCUGGGCACCAAACUGCAGCUCCUCCAGAGCACCUUGGAGCAGGACCACAAGCAGCCGGUUUACUCCAGGACAGCACGUGUGAGCGCCGCUGCACCGGUUUAUAAAGGAGAGACUAAAGUCCAGGAUAAGUCUUCACUGAAGUCACUAUACGAGGGAUUCAGCCAAGCAAUGAAGGAAAUGUCUUCUCAGGCUGCAAGUUCUGCUGAGGGCCAAGACGUCCAGGUGGAGCAGCAGCUGUACAAAGCAGUGUCAGCCACCUCCUCUUGGCUGGAUGAUGUGGAGAACACACUUUUCUCUGGCCCUGUGCUUCUUAAUGAGAAUGCAGAGACUCAGCUCUCCAACCAAGAGGCUUUGGGAGAAGACGUGACGGAAGUGACUGGGGAGGUGAGUCAGAGUCGAGAUCUGCUAGGGGACGCUGUCGGGCUGUGUGGAGAAGAACAGGACCUGAUGGAGGACACCCUGGACUGUUUGUCUCAGAGACUGAAAGCCUUGGACUCAGCCCUGGAACGGCGCUGUGAUGUCAUGAGGAACAGGAUGCAAGAGCUUACUGCCUUCCAGACCGAGCUUCAGGUUAUUUUAACUGCUCUCAAUGAGACCAAGUGUCAGAUUCUCCAGAAGCUGGCAGGUACUGACAGACCAGCCCUGAAACAGCUAGAGACCAUUGCAGAGAUAGAAGACAACUUGAAGGAGUUUGAGCAGAAAAUCACUGAGCUGAAAGCCAGAGGCGCAGAAUUGCAACCAGACCAAAUAUCAACCAAUGAGCUACUUAAGCUACAGGACACCUAUGAGGAGCUGGUGAUGACGGUAGGGUCUCGGCGCAGUGGACUGAAUCAGAACAUGGCUCUGAAGGCUCAGUAUGAGAGAGCCCUGCAGGACCUGACUGACCUGGUCGACACUGCUCAUGACAAGAUGGCUGCCGAUCAGAAGACAAUUGCAAACUCAGUGGAGGAUGUGCAAAACCUUCUGGACAAACACAAGGAGUUCUUCCAGGGCUUGGAGUCACACAUGAUCCUGACCGAGACAUAUCGCAAAAAGAUCAGUGCCUUUUUACAGCCACAGGAGAGUCAGGCCCUGGAGGGCAUCUUAGCCCAGGCUCAGGAAGUUCUGAGACAGGCCCACAAAAGAGGAGUAGAACUGGAGUACAUCCUGGAGACUUGGAGCCGUUUAGUCCAGGACUAUCAGAGCUUAUACAGACAACUGGAAACAGUGGAGGGAAGCAUGCCUGCAGCAGAUUUGGUGGAAGAGACAGAGGAGAGACUGACAGAGAGAAUAGCUCUCUACCAGGGUCUGAAAGCGAACCUUACGGAGCACCAGCAUAAACUGUAUCAGGUUCUAGAAGAAGGGAAGAGGCUUUUACUUUCUGUGGUCUGUCCCAACCUUCAGAACCAACUCACUCUGCUAGGGGAGCACUGGCUCACCAACACCUCCAAGCUGAACAAGGAAGUUCAGCGCCUGGAGUCCAUCCUAAAACACUGGACCAAGUAUCAGAGUGAGUCAGCUGAGCUGAACCAGUGGCUGCAGGCAGCUCUGGAACGCUUGGAGUUCUGGAACACCCAAUCAGAGGUAGCGUCUCAGGACCUGGAGACUGUCAGAGAUCACCUUACUGCCUUUAUGGAGUUCUUUAAGGAGGUGGAGACCCGUUCCACUCUGAAGGUGUCAGUGUUGAAUGAGGGGAACCAGCUGCUUAGGCUGAAGAAAGUAGACACCACGACGCUGAGGUCCGAACUUGCCCGAGUGGACACCAAAUGGGCUGAGCUCUUCACGCGUAUCCCCGUCGUGCAGGAGAAACUCCACCAGUGUCUAAUGGAAAAGCUUGCCUCCCGCCAUGCCAUCUCUGAGCUGGUGAGCUGGAUCUCACUAAUGGAGAGAGUAAUGGAGGAGGAUGAGGAGAAUCUUAAAGGAGCUGUCGGGUCAAAGGUCAUUCAGGAGUAUGUGCAGCGCUAUAAGGGCUACAAGGUUGAUGUGAACUGUAAGCAGCUGACUGUGGACUUCGUAAACCAGUCAGUCCUGCAGAUCUCUGCGCAGGAUGUGGAGAGCAAGAGAAGUGAUAAGACUGAUUUUGCCGAGAGGCUGGGAGCCAUGAACCGCCACUGGCAAAUACUGCAGGCCCGCAUCACAGAGAGAGUCCAGUACCUGGAGAGCCUGUUGGAGUCCUGGCUUGAGUAUGAGAGCAGCGUUCAGAACCUGAAAGCGUGGCUCUGUGCUCAGGAAGACCGACUGAAGAGGAAACACAGGAUUGAAGACUUGACCUCUGUGCAGAAUGCCCUCAAAGACUGUCAGGAGAUGGAGGAGAUGGUGAAGGAGAAGGAGAGGGAGGUUGAGCGGGUAGAGGAGCAGGCUUGUGCUCUUGUUCAGAACAAGACAGAUGAGGCUUGUGCAGUUGUCAUGGAAACCCUCCAAGCUUUAAAUCACACCUGGGCCAAUCUUGACCACUUGGUGGGUCAGCUAAAGAUCACUCUGAAGUCAGUGCUGGACCAGUGGAGUGUGUAUAAGCAAGCAGCUGAGGAGGUGAACGGUUACCUAACAGAGGCCAGGUACUCUGUCUCCCGUUUCCGCCUGCUCACUGGAUCUCCGGAGGCUGCCCAGCUUCAGGUGGAAAGCCUGCAGAAUCUUCAAGAGGAGCUGGAGAAACAGGAGGGCAGUCUGAGGAAAUUUGGUGCAGUCACACAUCAACUUUUGGAGGAGUGCCAUCCAUCUGUGUCUGACUCCCUUAACAAUGCCCUCAAAGAUGUCAAUACCAGGUGGAAGAGUCUGUUGGAGGAGAUUGCUGAGCGUCUGAAGAGCAGUAAGGCAUUGUUACAGUUGUGGCAGAGUUAUAAAGAUCUGUAUGGACAGAUCAGUUCCAAUGUGCAGAGCUUGGAGGAGCAAGGAGAUCAGCUACUGAAGUCUGCUAGCAGUAAGGACAUCUCAGAGGAGGAGGUGUCCACUUGGAUUCAAAGCUGUAGUGAAUUACUCCGGUCACAGGCCCCGGUGCAGGCGUCUUUGCAGGUGCUUCAGGAGCUUGGAGAGCAGUUAAAACACCAAGUGGACACCUCUGCCAUAGCAACCAUCCAGUCUGACCACCUGUCACUCACUCAGCGCCUUAACAACCUGGAGCAGGCCCUCAGCAGACAACAGGCAGCUCUUCAGACCGGAGUUCAGGAUUAUGAGACGUUCAACGAGCAGCUCGACUGUCUUGGCCGAUGGAUAGUGGAAGCAGAGGAGGCCCUGAAGGGCCAGGAUCCCAACGGCUCCUCUGACCUACCGCUCAUUCAGAGCCGCAUGGAAGAACUCAAGCGGCAGAUGCUGAGGUUCAGCAGCAUGGCCCCCGACCUGGAGCGUCUGAACGAACUGGGUUACAGGCUGCCACUCAAUGACUCGGAGAUCAAACGCAUGCAGAAUCUCAACAGGAGCUGGUCCACUGCCUCUGCUCAAACCACUGAGAGAUUCAGUAAGUUGCAGGCCUUCCUGCUGCAGCAGCAGACUUUUCUGGAAAAGUGUGAGACUUGGAUGGAGUUCCUGGUGCAGACAGAGGAGAAGCUGGCUGUGGAGAUCUCUGGCAAUUAUCAGAGCCUGAUAGAGCAGCAGAAAGCUCAUGAGCUGUUUCAGGCAGAGAUGUUCAGCAGACAGCAGAUCCUUCAUUCCAUUAUCAGCGAUGGACAGCGCAUGCUGGAGCAGGGCCAAGUGGACGACAGGGAUGAAUUUAAGAUGAAGUUGGCAUUAUUGAGUAACCAGUGGCAGGGGGUUGUGCGACGGGCGCAGCAGCGUAGGGGCAUCAUCGACAGCCUGAUCCGCCAGUGGCAGCGCUACAGAGAGAUGGUGGAGAAGUUACGGAAAUGGCUGGUUGAGGUGUCCCACCCACAUGAGGCACUGCAGGCCGGGGUAUCGGUCCCUCUGCAGCAGGCUCGGGCCAUGCUGGAUGCAGUUCAGCUAAAGGAGAAGGUGCUGCAGAGACAGCAGGGCAGCUACAUCCUGACUGUGGAGGCCGGCCGGCAGCUGUUACUGUCUGCGGACAGCAAAGCGGAGGCAGCCCUGCAGGAGGAGCUCCUCAAUAUUCAAGAGCGCUGGAGGCAUGCCAACAUGUGCCUGGAGGAACAGAAACGAGAGCUGGCUGGUCUGCUUAAGGAUUGGGAAAGGUGUGAGAAAGGCAUCGGUGGAUCUCUGGAAAAACUGCGUGCCUUUAAGCGUCAACUCUCCCAGCCCCUCCCAGACCACCAGGAGGAGCUUCAGGUCGAACAGAUUCGCUGCAAGGAUUUGGAGAGCACAUUCGAUGGCUGGACAGAAGACCUGGCUCACCUGACGGUGUUGAAAGAGUCUCUUUCCAACUACGUCAGCUCUGAGGACCUGUGUGUGCUGCAGGAACGCAUUGAACUGUUGCACCGUCAGUGGGAAGAGAUCUGCCACCAGCUGUCCCUGCGCAGGCAGCAGGUUAGUGAAAAGCUGAAUGAAUGGGCAAUCUUCAAUGAGAAAUACAAAGAGAUAUGUGAGUGGCUCACCCACAUGGAGAGCAAAGUCUCUCAGAAUGGCGACAUCAGCAUUGAGGAGAUGAUUGAGAAACUCCGCAAGGACUAUCAAGAGGAGAUUGCUGUGGCUCAGGAGAAUAAACAGCAGCUGCAGCAGAUGGGUGAGCGUCUGGCCCGAGCCAGCCAUGAGACCAAGGCGUCUGAGAUCGAACACAAACUCGGCAAGGUCAACGAGCGAUGGCAACACCUGCUGGACCUGGUUGGAGCCAGGGUGAAGAAGCUGAGGGAGACACUGGUGGCUGUGCAGCAGCUGGAUAAGAACAUGAGCAGCCUACGCUCCUGGCUGGCUCACAUAGAGACUGAACUCUCUAAACCCAUAGUCUAUGACACAUGUGACUCUCAGGAGAUUCAAAGGAAACUAGACCUACAACAGGAGCUACAGAGAGACAUCGAGAAGCACAGCACAGGGGUGGCCUCUGUGCUGAACCUGUGUGAGGUGCUGCUGCACGACUGUGAUGCCUGUGCCACAGACGCAGAGUGCGACUCCAUCCAGCAGGCCACACGCAGUCUGGACCGUCGCUGGAGGAGUAUCUGUGCCAUGUCUAUGGAGAGGAGGCUCAAGAUCGAGGAGACGUGGCGACUGUGGCAGAAGUUUCUGGAUGAUUUCUCGCGUUUCGAGGAGUGGCUGAUGACAUCGGAGAGGACAGCGGCUCUGCCCAACUCCUCUGGAGUACUCUACACAGUGGCCAAGGAAGAGCUGAAGAAGUUUGAGGCUUUCCAACGCCAGGUUCAUGAAAGCCUGACCCAGCUGGAGCUGAUCAAUAAGCAGUAUCGUCGGUUAGCGCGGGAGAACCGCACUGACGCAGCCUGCCGUCUGAAAGAGAUGGCCCACGAUGUGAACCAGCGCUGGGAUAACCUACAAAAGAGAGUGGCAUCCAUUCUCCGCAGGCUUAAGCAUUUCAUUGGUCAAAGAGAAGAGUUUGAGACGGCCAGAGACAGUAUCCUUGUGUGGCUUACGGAAGUGGAUCUGCAGCUGACCAAUAUCGAGCACUUCUCUGAGUGUGACGUUCAGGCCAAGAUCAAACAGCUCAGGGCCUUUCAGCAGGAGAUCUCCCUGAACACAGCCAAGAUUGAACACAUAUUCCACCAGGGAGAGGCUCUGAUUGAGAAGAGUGAGCCCAUGGAUGCUGCUGUGAUUGAAGAGGAGCUUGAGGAACUACAGCGUUACUGUCAGGAGGUCUUUGGACGAGUGGAGCGAUACUACAAAAAACUCAUCCGUCUCCCGCUCACAGACGAUGAGCACGAUGUGUCUUUCUCGGAUCGAGAGUUCGAUCUGGACGAGGGGGGAGACUUGUCCAGUCUGCCUUGGAGCGAGCGGUUGGGUGAUGGUGUCAUGUCACCUCUACCUUCCUCCAGCCGCUCCGCCUCGCUGGCGGCUCCCCUCCGCACGGAACGCUCAGGUCGUGACACCCCGGCCAGCGUGGACUCCAUCCCACUGGAGUGGGACCAUGACUACGACCUGAGCCGGGGACUGGAGAGUGCCAGCAGAGCCUCUGACCAAGGAGAUCAGGGUGAGGAUGGAGGCUUCCUGCCGGGCUCAGCAUCUGCACUGUCAGAUGUAAUGAUCACAGAGAGUCCUGAGGCAUUUGUAAAAUUAACAGAGCAAUCACUGAGGUCCUCCUCUGGGGAGGCCGGUUCUCUCGAGACCCGCCUCCACCAGCUGGACAAGGCUUUGGACACCAGCCAUUUCCACCUACAGCAGGCUGAGAACAUCACCCGCAGUCGCACCCCGACCGGACCCGAAGUGGAUGCAUCCUACAUGGGCUAUAUGCGUUUGCUUGGUGAAUGUCGAGGCAGUAUUGACACAGUGAAAAGAGUUGGAUACGAAUUGAAAGAAGAGGACGAAAGUCUGUCUGGACUUGUUAACCCUAACAGCUCUGAGUCACAGACAUCAGGUGUGAUUGAGCGUUGGGAGCUGCUGGAAGCUCAGGCGCUGAGUAAGGAGCUACGAAUGAAACAGAACCUGCAGCAAUGGCAACAAUUCAAUUCCGAUCUGAACAACAUUUGGACAUGGCUCCAGCAGGCUGAAGACGAACUGGAGCAGCAGCGGAGGCUGGACCUCAGUACAGACAUCCAUACCAUUGAACUACGUAUUAAGAAACUGAAGGAGCUCCAGAAGGCCCUUGACAAGCGUAAGGCCAUCGUGCUGUCCAUUAACCUGUGCAGUGCUGAGUUUGUGCACUCAGAUAGUGAGGAGGCACGAGAGCUGCAGGGCCGACUGAAGGAGAUGAAUAACCGAUGGGACAGGUUGGGCAGCUCGCUGGACGAGUGGAGGAGUUCUCUACAAGAAGCUCUCAUGCAGUGUCAGGACUUCCAUGAGAUGAGUCAUGGCCUGUUGCUAUGGUUGGAGAAUAUUGACCGCAGAAGAAAUGAGAUUGUCCCGAUUGACUCCAACCUGGACAGUGACACCCUGCAGGAGCAUCACAAAACACUCUCGCAAAUCCGCCGGGAGCUACUGGACUCCCAGCUGAAGGUGGCCUCCCUCCAGGAUAUGUCCCUCCAGCUGCUGGUCAACUCGGAGGGCAGUGACUGCCUAGAAGCCAAGGAGAAGGUGCACGUCAUUGGGAACCGUCUCAAACUGCUGUUGAAGGAGGUGACCCGGGACAUCAGGGAACUUGAGAGAACUCUGGACAUCACCAGUAGUCAGCAGGAUCUGUCUUCAUGGUCAUCUGCUGAUGAGCUGGAUACCUCCGGUUCUCUGAGUCCCGUGUCCGGACGGAGCACCCCCAGUCAUCGUCGAUCGCCACGGGGCAAAUGUAGUCUGUCACAGCCUGGAGCCUCUGUGAGCAGUCCAUCUCGCAGGUCUCUCGCCGCUGGAUCCGUUUCCUCCCGUUCUGAAGAAAGGACAGUCAGAUCUCGGUGUAGAUCCUUCCUCCUACGAGUCCUUUGGGCUGCACUGCCUCUCCAGCUGCUGCUGCUGCUGGUGUUAGCCUUGGCGUGCCUGUUGCCUAUGUCCGAGGAAGACUACAGCUGCGCCCAAACCAAUAACUUCGCCCGUUCCUUCCACCCCAUGCUUAGCUACACCAAUGGGCCUCCGCCGAUAUGA